CCAGCCCAGCCAAUUUGGAUGACUACUACUCAGGAACCGCAUCUCUGUAUCUCUGGUUCAACUUGGCUUUUGUCUCACCCAUUUCUUUGAACUUGCGCCCUUUUUAUCUGCAUCGUCUUGCGUUUGUGUUCUUCAAGCACCAUGUAUUCCUCGUCCAAUUCUUUUCUGGGCGGCUCCAACAGUGCUCGCCCUCCUGUUGGUGGCUUCGGACAACAACAGUCGCAGUUUGGCUCCUUUAACCAAGCUCCCCAGCAACAGCCCUCGCCGUUCGCACCUCAACCCACCGGAUUCCCCGGUCAAAUGCAACCUCAGCAGACUGGGUUUCCUGGCUAUGCACCUCAGCAGCAGGGUUUCCAACAGCCACAGUUUACCGGCUAUCCUCCUCAAAACCAACCCCAACAACCUCCAUUUUCCCAGACACAGCAGCCUCAAUCCUUCCAACAACAGCAGUCUUAUCAACAAGGGCCUCAGAGUUCCCAGCAGCCCUCACAACCGGCCUCACAGCCACCUCCACCCGCUCCCCUCCGCCCUCAGCAGACCUCUGCCCAGAUCGCCCAGUCCUUCGCAAGCGCCCCGGCUGCCAGUCCUUCCACAAGCACAGGCCCAAGCAAGAGCUCAGGGAAGAUUCCAAACAUACGCCUUUCGUUUAUCACAGCGACCGAUCAGGCCAAGUUUGAACAGCUAUUCAAGUCGGCGGUUGGCGAUGAACAGGCCUUAUCCGGAGACAAGGCACGCGAUCUCCUGUUGCGAUCUAAACUUCCUGGCAGUGCAUUGUCACAAAUAUGGAUUCUGUCAGACACUACCAAGUCUGGACAGCUUCUCUUCCCAGAGUUUGCAUUGGCCAUGUAUCUAUGCAACCUGAGUCUCACGGGAAAGUCACUACCGUCAGAGCUGCCGGAGAAGAUAAAGAACGAGGUGUCCAGUAUCGUCGACAUUAUUUCAUUCAAUGUUGCUGAUGAUACUCCCAACCCACCACAGCGUACGAAUGUCCCAAGUUUCGAUGCUCCUCUGAGGCAGAAUGCCAUGUCUCCACCGGCACCACAAGCACCGCAGCCUCAACAAGCAUCGAAUCAGCAGCUCUUAUCCCAGCUGACCGCACAACCCACCGGAUUUUUCAACCAAGCCACUGGUUUCCAGCCUGGAGGGCAGCAACAACCUCAAGGUUAUCCGGGCUCACAGAACCUGCAGACUCAGCCUACCGGGUUCGGGCAACAGCCCACCGGCUACACGGGUCCGCGCCCGCCCAUGCCUCCCAUGCCUCCCAUGCCCACCGGCUAUGGCAACAAUCAAUCGCCUCAACAGACUGGUCCAUCGGCACUCCAGACACAACCAACGGGUAUCCCAGGUCAAUGGGGGUUCGUCAAUGCUCCAGCUGGCAGCUUGCAGAACAUCCAAGCAUUACAGCAGCGGCUCAUGCCUCAACAGGGACGAGAGGGUGGCUUCACCACGCAAGGCAUCUCUGGAAAUGCUAAAGUCCCAUGGGCAGUCACCAAGGAUGAGAAGAGGAUGUACGACCAGCUCUUCAAGGCCUGGGAUGGGCUAGGGAAAGGGUUCAUCACUGGCGAUGUCGCCAUCGAGAUCAUGGGACAAAGUGGAUUGGAUCGGCCAGAUCUCGAGGCCAUCUGGACUCUCUCUGAUCCAAACAACAAGGGACGCCUGAACCUGGAUGAGUUUUCCGUCGCCAUGCAUUUGAUCUACCGCAAAUUGAAUGGUUAUCCUAUUCCAGCACGUCUACCUCCCGAACUCAUUCCUCCAUCUACCAGAAACUUUAACAGCUCCAUCGAUACUGUGAAGUCCUUACUCUCUCAAGAUGCAGAAACUAGGAAAUCCUCCGGCGCUUUUCUACAGCCUCAACGAACGGGAGUCAGCUAUCUCAAAGACCAUUCGUUCCGUGGCGGCAGCAACUCGCCAAGUUUUGGCCGCAAAGAUGCCACCGUUUUCCGCAACAAUGAUGACGAUGUUGGCUAUCGUUCGAGUGCUCGCCGGCGAAUCGGCGCUGAUGGAAGGACACCUUCUCCCGCUCCUUCUUCCGAAGUAUCUGAUACUUCCUACGACGACCUGUCGCCGGACCAGAUCAGAAAGAAGAUUCGUGAAAAGAAGAUUCUUCUAGACGCGACCGACUUUCAGGACGAAAGAUCGGCCGACGAUGAAGAUGUUCUCGACCGACGGGACCGAAGGGAAGCCGAGGACCUCUUCCGGCAAAUUCGCCGGAUCCAGGAUGACAUUGACACUCAUCCCAACGCAGGAUUUGGUGGUUCUGAUACCGGUGCGGAGCGCAGAUCGAUGCGGAGAGAGUUGCAGCGAUAUCAAGAUAAAUUGCCCGCACUUGCAUCGGAUGUCCGCCGUAUCGAGAAAAGCAUCUCAGAAGCCAAAUUACAACUGUUCCGUCUCAAGGAUGCAAAAGCACAUCCCAAUGGCGCGGCAAAUAUUAUUGGCACUGGACCAGGGGGUUCCAUCACCGAGGCAGACCGCAUCAAAGCUCGAGCUCGUGCUAGGAUGCAAGCUCGGGCUGCUGAACUGGCCGGUAGACCCGCCCCAGCCGCUGACGAUGAGGCAGGUGCGCAGAGGCGGUUCGAGCAGGAGAACUCAAAAGUCAAAUCCGAGCAGGAACGCAAUGAAAGCAUGACCAGAGAUGUCGAGGAUAGUGUCCAAGAUUUUGUCUCGACCUUGGAAGACGGUCUCCGGGAGCAGGGCGGCAGCGAUACCCAAGAGCAUGAGAGACGACGGUGGGAAGAAGCAUUGGGAGUCGAAGACGAAAUCAAGGAGCUCAUCUUUGAUCUUCAACGAAGCAGCAGAACUGCCAAAGUUCGCAAGGAAGAGUCAUCCCGCCCUACCCAAAGGUCUACUCCCGAAACCUCAAGACAGGAAACCAGAUCUAGUAACGGUGAUCUCCCGUCUCGGCCUGCCCCGGUCUCGACCACUUCGUCCUCGUCAUUCGGCCAGUCCCAACAAGAUCGUAUUGCUUCUGCAAAGGAAAAGGCUCUCAAGCGCAUCCAGGACAGAAUGGCCGCUGCUGGUAUCAAGCCUGCUGGUGACUCUGGCGAAAGCUUAGCACAGAAACAAGAGCGAGAGAAGCAGGAACGAGCCGAGCGCGUUCGCAAAGCCGAGGAAGAGGAUGCAAAACGGGAGCAAGAACGCCAGCAGCGACUUGCCAAUGAAGGAGUUGCACCACCUAGUCCAAAAGCAAGCAAGAGACCACCUCCCCCGCCUCAAAGAAAAGGUAGACAGGAUAGCAAUGAUUUGUCUGAUCGCAAGGCAGCAGAGGCGGCGGCACGCGCCAAAGCCGAGGAAGAGGCAGCUGCCGAAAUACGGGCAGAGCAGGAAGCUCAACAAACUGAGCGGAAACGGCUUGAAUCCCAGGCAAAAUCUCAGGAAAACGACCUUGAGAAAGAGCGCGAAGCUGCACAAGCCCGCCUCCGAGCCCUCGAGGAACAAGUCAAGGCCGGCAAGAUUAAGAAGCAGGAGGAGAAGGCCCGUAAGAAGGCAGCAGAGAAGGAAGCGAAGGAGAAGGAGGCCAAGCUUGCCGCCCAGCGAGCCGAGUUAGAGGCUGCUCGAGAACGAGAGCGUCAGCUUCAGCUUCAGCUUGAAAGCCUGGGCGAUGAUUCCUCAUCGGAUGAUGAGGAGCUCACUCCUCAAGAGAGCACACCAGCGACAAGCCAAGUGCUUCCAACGGGCGUUUCUUCUCCGCCUCCUACGACAUUGUCCAUGCCAACUACAGAAAGCAGCGCCCAUGACGCCACACCGGUCUCGAGCCCCCCUGCAGAGGAAUCACGCAAUCCAUACUUCAAGAAGCUUUCGCAUUCUUCUGACAGCGGCAGACCAACAUUCUCACCACCUCCCGUCCCUCAAGCACAGCCAUUCUCGCCCCCAGCGCCUCCUGCGGCAGACUUGCAUUCCACCAACCCAUUCCAUCGGAUCGCACAGCAAGAAGCAGCCAAACCUCUAACGGCUAGCUUCACUGGAACACAGUCACGCCGCCGACCUGAAGAGGACUCAUGGUCUGCAGCAGGUUCCGAGAAGGAUGAUGCCUCUAGUGAUGAGGAAGACGAGCCCCCAGCGGGAGGAUCUGCCAAACAAUUGGCCUCCAUUUUAUUUGGCACAAUGGCACCUCCGCGACCAAUGUCUGCCAUGGACAGCAAGCCAGCUACUCCAGUACAGGACUCGCAAAACAAUGCUAGUGCGUUCGAGUCUGCAGCACCACCGCCACCGGCGCCACCACCACCAGUUCCAUCCAGCGGUGCCCCUACUGCACCUCCUCCACCACCUCCUCCGCCUCCUUCUGGAGCACCAUCUGCACCACCCCCGCCACCGCCAUUCCCCGAUUCUGGACCUCCUCCCCCUCCACCGAUGCCUACUGCGGCCCCUGCUGGUCCCCCUAGCAUGGGAGCUUUGUUGGGACAAAUCCAGGCAGGCAAAGGAUUGCGCAAGACGGAAACAAAGGACCGGAGCGCCUCGGCGACGGCUGGCAGGGUGUUGAACUAGGCUGGUACAUUUGGAGGCUAUAAGCAUGAGGGCGGAACUAGUGUCGGGUUCGUAAUCUGCGACAUAGUCCAACAUAAUUCAAUUACUAUUUCCUUGGUCCAUAAUUUGAGC